AUGUCAGAAGCCAAACAAGAUUAUAGAAUCUCCUACGCAGACCUCCGUGCUAAUCUGAAUCGUGACGAUCUUGAUUUGCAAUUAUCAUUAAUCGAAGUUGAGUCACAAAUUUCUGAAUUUGAUCAAAAUCUCAUGUCUUCAGACCAAUCUCAUACAUUUAUCAAUUCUCAUCUGCCUCAGGUAGUUCGUGCUCUUCUCGAUAAAAAAUGUUCUCACCUUUCAUUGUCUACUACAUUCCAAGUUAAUGAACUUCUCAAAAAAAUCCUAAUCCUUUCUAUCCAAACAUUAAAAGCUGAGCAAUUCGGCACUAUCGAGAUGAUUAAAAAAAUCCUUGACGAGGACAAGCCAUUCUAUGAUAAUCGAUACACUUAUAAUACAUAUGAUUUAGAUAAAACUGUAAAAGAACUCUGAGAAAAAGAAAAUGAAGGAAACGAAGAAGCUUUUAAAAACUUUUUACUUUUUGCUAACAGGCAAACCCAUACAACACACAAUAUUCUUUUUAAAUACAAUUUAAGUGUAUUUAUAAGAUAUGAAGGGUUUAAAAAAGUUGUGGAAUUUAUCAAGGACAAGCCUCACCCCACAGUUGACCAAAUUCAUCAAUUUAUUACAAUUUUGAAUUCUUUGCAGUAUUUUAUGGAAUUUGAUAUGUGAAGAAAAAUUGCCAAGGAGUUUAGGGAUGGGAUUAUAGAGACUAUGCUAAAUUUAAGUGGAGAUGAGCUUAGACUAGCUCAGAAGCAAGAUUUGCAGCAUUUAAUAAAUGGGUUAGAAACUUUGUUAGAAAAAAUCUAUAGUCAUCAUGUCCGUGAUCAGCAGAAAAUAGGAAAAAUGUUGGAAAAUUUUGAAUUGGAACUAGGAAUAAGGUGCUUAAGGAGCCCAUAUUUAGAAAAAAAAUUACAUGGGAUUAAUGAAAUUGAUAAUAAAAUCACCCAAGCCAGACAUAGAGAUGAAGAAGACGCCAGGCUAAAACGAGGCGGGUUUCCAUAUAGAUCUGACUAUCGAGAUACCGCAAGAUGGCUUACAACUGAAAAACUGCUUGAGUGGCUUGACUCUCAAAAUAUUUUAGAAUUAAUUUUCGGACCAAGCAGCCAUCCAGAAAUCGUCAAAAGAAGUGUUGAUUUAAUCAGACUUUUAUAUACAAAUAACAGAUUUACACGAGAACAGAUUGAUUUGGUUUGAAGCUCCGCUUCAAACAAGCACGAAGCUGACAAAGACGCUAUAAUGAGCCUUAUCCAAGACGUAACCCCUUGUUUUUCAGUCCAAGAUCUCCAAUAUUUCUUCCAUAAAGUAGGGACAUUACCAUAUCCACAAAUAGAUGGAAAAAUAUUAUCAUUGAUUCGGUCUAUUACAAAACAUAUGUCAAACCUAAAAUCAAGCUUACCAAAACAUGGGAAAUCUAAUAGCUAUCAUGGCCCAAAUUCACAAACUGAAGAAUUUGAUGUAUGGGCUGAUAAUAAUGAAACAAAAGCUCAUGAACACCCUGGAGAAUUCACUGAUAUUGAUAUUGACGAGCCAAAAAAUAAAUCAAAUAAUAGCGUUACUGAUCCUUGGAAAGAAAUAGCUGAUAAUGACCCAAAUUUAGUAGGGAUUCAAUUAGAGCCAGAUAAAGAAGAUACAAAUAUGCAGCCAAAAGAAGCAGAAAAUAUAGAAGAUCCUGUAGAUAAUGUAGGGGCUGACGAUGCAUUGGAUUUCUUAUGAAGCAUAUGUCAAGAAAACGCAUUAGAUAAUGAUAUACCUAAAGGUAUCCCAGCCCAAGCCCUUCAAAUCCUUCAAGAGCUCUUAUCAUAUUACUACCUUUCUGAGAGGCAAAAAUUCAUGAUCAGAUGUGUAGAAAAUAUCCGUAAAAAUUCCGUGGUUUUAUCUUCUAUUCAGCUACUAGAACACUUGCUAAAUUCAUAUUCUCCAAGCAGAAUGGGUUAUAGAAGUGCAGAAUCCCGUGAUAGCAAAAUUCAAUGACUUGCUAAAGAGCAUAAUUUGAUUGAAAGAAUUUAUAUAAAUUUAAUUAUGAUUAAGAAAGAAAUCCUUGAUAAGGGACAAAUAUUGCUUAAUGCGGAUGAAAAGCCUGAAGAGCAAGACACAAAUUCUACAUGCUCAAGUGGCGAUGAAGAGCCUGAUACACGUAAAAAACGAUACGAAAUUAUUUUCAAACAAAUAAAAAUUUCUAGCUCCCUUUAAGAUUUUUUUUAAAAUGGGAAUUAUUUUUCAAAAAAAUGAUUUUCUGAAUUUUUCCUGGUCUUAAAAGGGGUAAAGAUAUUGAUUUAAACUAUAUAGAAGAAAUCAAAAAAAGGCUAGAAUUUUUAAGAUACUUGUAUUUAAAUUCUCCUGAAAAAAUGCAGCCUAGACAUAUAGAGUUAUUGUGAAGUGGUUUGAUUUUAAACGCUGCAACGGAAUCUGAGCAUGAAGAAUGUUUUGCUUGAAUUGCUGGAAUAUUGCCACAUUGGCAUGGAGAAAAUAGUAUAAUUGAUGAUGAGAUCAUACAUUUGAUAUACACUGAUAUGAUUUUAAAGCUGGAUCCAAAGUAUUUUUCUCCAGCUGCGUUUAAUUGCUUUGAAAGAUAUUUUACCAAUGUUAAUAAGCAGCAUGGACUUCUCGAUAAGUCAGAAUGAAGCGACUAUGACGUAAAAGAUAUAAAAUUGUUAGGAAUUCAAGCAUUAUGGGAGCUUAUUUUACAAGUAAAAAAUGAGAGCGUAUACAAAGAAGCCCAAAGUUUGCUUAAAAAGCUAUAUAAAGGGCUAAGAAGAUGUGGAUUUGAGACACAAGAGGAUUUUUUGAAAAAUUGUAUGGAGCAUAUAAAGACUGGGGCAGAAAUUUUAAAAAAUCAUUAUGAUGCUGAUGCGACUAAUAGGGUUUCUCGGUCUUUAUCAUUGCUAUAUGAAUGCCUUGAAGAUUUCGAAGGAAGGGAAGCCAAAAUAAGCCAUAGUUUGUCAAUUGAAGUCCAAAUUGACAACCAAACAAGCACCGCUAAACAUCCUAAGCUGUUCCACAUGACUUUAUAUAAAGAAAUGACCAUCCAAGAAGCCAAAAAGGCCAUCGCAAACAUAUUAAACCCUCCUAUGCACCCAGACAACCUCCAAAUUGUAUCACAAGGACGAGAAUUUGAUUCAAGAGUCGAAAAUUUGACAUUAUCUGUAAUGGGAAUUGAAGAAAAAUCAAAAAUAAUAAUUUUGGAUAGAAAAGAAUAUGUUUCCUCCCAUCAAGAUAUAGAAAAUAUUCAAAUAGACCCUGAAUCUUUAGACAGCUUAAAAGAUAUGUUCCCUGAAGAAAACGUAAAAAUAUUAAAACUGGCUUUACAAAAAUCACGAGGAAAUGUAGACGAAGCUGUAGGUCUUUUAUUUGAUGAAGAUGAAAAGCAGAAAUUAACUGAGAUGGCGUCUAGUCCACAAAUAAAGCCUAAGCCUCAGCUGAAUUAUAAUAUAAGCAACACUAUAAGCAAUACUCAUGAAUAUUUUAAUUUGCUUUUUGAGCUUUUUGAGCUAGGAAACCCUUAUAUUAAUGCACAAAGCUGGGCACUUUUAACGAGAAUCCCGAUAAAUUUAGAGAUGUAUGAAGGGAUAAAGAAUUUAGAUAUUAAGUCAGAAACCAGCUGAAAUGAUUUAUUUGAUAAUAAAUAUAUGAAUAAACUGCUAUAUUCGCUACAAAUAGUAAAUACUAUUAUAAUGCCUUUAAGCCAAGCUUCUCAUAAUGAACUAAUAGAAUGUAUUCAAUGGAGAGCUAAAUUUGUAGAACUGGGCGGGUUCUGACACAUUUAUAAGAUUUUAAUAAACUCAGACCAUAUGAGCUCAAUGCCAGAACAAUACCAAACUAAUGCAAAAUGUAUUGAAUUUCUUUUAAUUAUUGUAAAAUCCUUUGUCGAAUCAGCUUUGGCGACUAUAAAUUCAGAGAGUUUUGCAGAAAUAAAAAAUGAGGAAAAAAAUAUGAUGGAUCUUGAUGAAAAUAGUAGCUUAGAAAGAGCUAAUAAAAAUAUAUCGACCACAAUUAUAAAUUUAAUUGACUUUCCAUCCCUAAUUGUAAAGCUUCUCUCUAUUAUUGAGGUGAAUAUGCAAAGAUCUCAAGAAAGUGAAGCUGUCAUUGUAAUUGGGAAAGCUCUUGAGCUAUUGCUGUCUCUUAUAGUUUAUAAGCCUGUUUUGCUUUCAAAUUUAUAUUCCUGCGAAAAUCUCAAAAAAUAUAUAUUGUGGGUGAUUAAUUUACAAAAAAUUUUAAGCUUUAUAUGAUUUAAUAGGUUAUUUAAUUAAAAAUGUUAUAGUUAUUUCUGGAUUAUUAGAAUGUCAAAAUGAGAGUAUAAGAGAAGCCAUUAAAAACAUGUUUUCAGCGAUUGUAGAAGCUGUCACUCAGCCUAUAGAAAACAUUGAAUUACCCAGAAAUUAUCUAUUGGGUAUUCUCAUCAGCAAUUUGCCAAGCAAUUAUAAUUUCACUUGUGAUGAAUAUUUUGAAUUAUUGAACAGACUCAUCUAUAUUUGCCAUUAUUCUGAUAUAAAUUUGCUUGGCGUCAAAACUUCAAGACUGGCGUCCUCUUUUGGUGGUUAGAGAUGGCCACACCAUAGGUGGGUCAGAGGAAAAUGGCCCAGAGCGGUGUUGGAGGUAGCUGUGGCCAUAGUGGACGUUAAACUUAUAGAUUAAUUAUGAUAUAAAUUUGCUUAAUUUCAGCUUACAAUUGAUAUAUAAUCGAGAAAUAAUUGAAGAUCGAACUCUUGGGAUUCAAGAUAAAGUCCUUACUGGGCAUUUAAAAACAGCUGCAUUAUUAGUAGAUUUUAAUCCCGAGAUUAAAAUAAGCUUAUCAUGGUGUUUAGACUACUUAUAUUUAUGGCUUUUUGAAAUCCCCAAGCAUGACGCUGUAAAAAUUCAGAACGGCCCUCCAAAAUUCAAGCACCAAACUACCCGUAAAGCAGCGUUUUCUCUAAUCCUCUCUUUAUGCUCUAAUUGUCCAGAAAAUACUAAUAUUAUUUUGAUGCGGCUAUGCCAAAAUCACCCUGACAAUAGAAAUUGUGGAUCUUUUGACUCGGAAAUUUCUGUCAGGUCUCAAACUGGAUAUGUAGGCCUUAAAAAUUACGGUAGCACCUGCUAUAUGAAUUCUUUAAUGCAGCAAUUUUUCAUGAUCCCUCAGCUGAAGCAAGGCAUUUUAGAGUCAAAAAUAUCUAUGCAGGAGCCUCUAGAAGACAAUUUAUUAUACCAAUUUCAAUUAUUAAUUGCAAAUUUAAGCGAAAGCGAAAAACAAUAUUAUGAGCCCAGAAGCUUUUGUAGAGCUUUUAAAGGCUAUGAUGGCCUUAAACUUAAAUUAGAGCGUUUAAGACAUCGUUUGCAUUUGUAGGAUGGUUAAAAAAGCUACAUGGACUCAACUCAAAUAGUAGCAAAACUAAUGACAUCUCUGGGCAUUUCUAUCAAACUUUUAUCGGGUCGAAGGACUAUCCUAAGCAAGUGGUUGCAAGCUAGCCUCCUGGCCUCACGAGCAACGUUGUCCUCGUCUUUUUCCCCACCUUUGACUGCAGUAUGUGUUCCACCUAAGGUCUCUUUCCUUCAGAGUGUCAAGCAGCAAAAACCUAUGCCUCCUAAUUAUCCUGGACAGAGCUCUCACCUUAUCCUAUGACUCACCAUGAUAUUGCAGAUAAAAGAUUUACAGUAAUACUGAACCCCAUGAGGAAAAGAAAUUUAACAGAACGAAUUUCUUCCUCACCGAUUACCAUUUUAUUUAUAAAUCUAUGAUGGCCAAUCUAUGAAUGUCAGUGUCCAACAAGACGUCGAUGAAUUUUUCAAUCUAUUGCUUGACAAGCUUGAAGACCUAAUGAAGCCAACCAGACAAGCAAAAUUAUUUAGAUCUACAAUUGGCGGCACUUUGGUGCAUGAAAUUGUGUCUUGUGAAGAGAGUUUUCCUUAUAAAGGCGAGCGCGAAGAACAGUUUUUAAGAAUUUCUUUAGAAAUCAAAAAUAAAAAAAAUAUUGCUGAAGCUCUAGAUUUGUUUAUCAAAGAAGAUUUAUUGGAAGGCGACAAUAAGUACUUUUGUGACCAAUAUAAUCAAAAAAUUACAGCUAAAAAGCGCUGCUUAAUAAACAGCAUGUCAAACACUGUAAUAAUCCACUUGAAAAGAUUCGAAUUUGACUUUACAAGAAUGGUGCGCUGCAAGAUCAAUGAUUCCUGUGAGUUUCCAAUAGAAUUAAACCUAAAACCAUGAACUAAAGAUGGAAUAGAAAACUCCAACGCUAAGCCAGACUCCUAUUACCAAUAUGAGCUUAAAGGAGUUUUAGUACACUCAGGAAGUGCAGACUCUGGGCAUUAUUAUUCAUUUAUCAAAGACAGAAACUCCGGAAAUUGGUUUAAAUUUGAUGACAGAAACGUUGAAAAUUUCAGCAUAAAUAAUCUUAAAGACGAAUGCUUUGGAGGGGAGUCCAAUUAUGUCUGGGCAUCAAAUAACCAAAUGUACCACGCCACAAAAAGUGCUUAUAUGCUGAUUUAUGAAAGAGUAAAUCCAUUAGUUGGGGAUACUGAAGAAGAUAUGGAAAAUAAUGAUGAAAAUUAUCAAUGCAAAACCCCUGAAAUUUUAAAUAAAAUUUGGCUUGAAAAUAUGGAGUUCCAAAGAGACCUGCUAUAUUUUGAUGAGACUUAUUUCGAUUUUGUGAAAAAGUUUGUAGAAAUGUAUAGGUUUGGGAUGUAUGAUUAUUCAGAGAUCUAUAAAAUGCUGGAGACUGAUCCAGGCUAUAUAGAUGUGCUAGAAACUCAGGAUCCAGGGCUGCAGCUGAUAAAACUUAUAACGCUAUUUGCAUAUGAAAUUCUUAUAAGAUCAAGGAAUUUCCAAGCAUUUUGUUCAUGGAUUGAAAUUUUGUCAGGGUUAUAUCGUCAGCAUAAUAUAGCUUGCUUAUGACUAUUGAAAUAUUUGUCUCAAAACACUCAAGUUUUGAAUGAAAUUCUCUUUGAGUGCCGUGAAAGCCAAGUCCGCCAUGAAUUUUCUGAGCUUUUAUCAGUAGUCUUGAUUAUAGCUUCAAAAUUAGAAAAAAAUAUUUUAUUAGAGACAGAAAAUAUCCUUACUCCCCCCCCCCCCUCUGUGAGCGAACAAAAAAAAUUUUGUUCGCUCACGGAGGGGGGUUAAUUUUUUUUUUUAAAAAAAAUUUAUAUAUAAAUUUUAUAAAAAAUAUUUUUUUCGAAAUUUAAAAAAAUCCUAAUUUGCAAAAAUUGGAAGCAAAUAUUAAUUUAAUUUGCAAAAUUUAUGUUUUUAAAACGCAAUUUGUUUAAAAUUAAACAGAAUUAGCUCUAGAUUUCAUUAUACUAAUUAUCACUUAUAUAUCAAAAUUUUUUUCCAUUAAAAUUUUUUCUAUUAAAAAAAUUUUUGUUCACUCACGGAGGGUGGGUUUUUGGUCAAAAAAUGGCGAUUUUUCUAAUGGUUUUGUUCGCUCACGGAGGGGGGGGGGGGGGAGAGUUAUAGAAAAUCCUGCACAAAAUGAAGCUUAUAAGUGGAAUCCUAAUGAAAAAUUGAGUAUAAAAAACUCAAAAUCAAUUACUGGUAGAUUUGUUGAGCUAUAUUUGAAUUAUUUUUUGCAAGAAGCAAGAAAAAAUUGGAGAAGAUUCAAUGAAUUUUUCAAUAUUAUGAAAAAGUUUGCGAGUGAAGGCCCAGAGCAGGUGAGGCUAGUUGUAGAGAAAGACGGGGUUAUUAAGCUGCUAAGCUUUUAUAUGAAUGGCAAUAUGCCGUUCCCUGAUAGUAUCACUAUGGGUGAUCAGGCAACAGAGCCUAACCUUGAUGAAGCAUUAGAAAUCAUUAAAGUUCUCAUAUGUGGGUCCAAAACUCAAACCAUGGCUAACUCAGGGACAUAUCCACCUUCUUUUAUUUUUACUCCUUCACAUUCUGAAGUCAUUCUUGACUCCAAAACUGAAGGCUAUUUCCAAGACCAUCGGAUUUUCAAAAAUCUUAUAUCCCGUUUUAUGAUGUCAAAAUUUCUAUUAAAAUAAAUAAUAAUUUAUGUAAAUUUAUUAUAAAAAUAUAUAAUAUGAUAAAUUGACUAUGUUUAUAGAAGUGAGAUAAAUAUAUAAUUAUUAUAAAAUAGUAUAAAUAGCAUUAGAAAUGAGGCUGCAAAAGCAAUCCUCACACAUUUUUCCUGGGAAAACAUCAGCAUGAGUACAACUUAUAUUGAAGAAAUUGUGAAUAAAAUCGUCGAGUUAAAGACUACUAGCCAAGAGGUCAAUCCAUACUUAAAAAUGCUGACAAGCUUGUUCACGCUUCAAGACUCCUUCAAAAAAGAAAGAGUCUCAAGAUUUCUAAAUGCCAGAGUAUCUCUAGGGUUGAUUGGGUAUAACCCAACUAACUUUUUCGAAUGGCUAUCCCGGGUUAAAGAAUCCUAUGUCAUUCUCAUUAUAAUUAUCUGCUUAUGGUGGGGAGAUAUGCUAACAAUUCCUCAUAUAAUUGAAAUUGCUCAGGACCAUGCUGCUAAAUUUAGAUGGAUUGUACCUUUUAUUAACACUUUAACGUUCCGCUAUAUGCCAAACAGCUACGUUGUUGAUUAUAAAGAUAAGACAAGAAGCACGACUGAAGAUCUUAAAAAAAUGAUCCAAAGAUUCGAUAUUCCUAUGUUUCUUGUAUAAAUUAUUUAAAUUUUUUAUAAAAUUUUAUGUAAAUUUAUAGGUAAAAAUUCCUAUAAGCUCAGACUCGGAAAGUUCAUAUGAGAUAGAAUUUGCGCCUGAAGAUUUAUUGAGCACGGAUGCUGAUGCAGGUAACGCAGCUGAGCCAGAGCCUGCCCCGACUGAGCAGAAAGAAGAGGAAGAUUCAACUGGAAGUGAUGAGAUAAAUAAUAAUUAG